AUGUCUGGCUUGCUGAAUUCAAAUCUUAACAGUUCUGCAUCGAAUCUUCCAGACUCAACUGCACGACCAUUUGCGACAUCCUUUUCUGGUCAAUCUGGAUCAGUUCAAGGUUUCCAUCACUCUGGUCUGCGCAACACUCAUGGAAAUUUCAGUCUUCCAAAUAUGCCUGGAUCACUUGCACAAAGGAAUGCUGCGAUGAGCGGCCUUCCAUCCUCCGGGGUUCAACAACAUGGAGGGAGCAUUUCUGGGAGAUUUGCUUCAAACAACCUUCCAGUUGCCAUGUCUCAGAUUCCUCAUGCACAUUCAGGUGUCAGUGGUAGAGGAAUGAAUGUUGGUGGAGGUCAAGCAUUUAGUAGUGGCAUGAAUAUGGGUGGUACCAUUCAAGGUUUAUACUCAAAUUUGGGGAUCAGUGGGAAUCGAAAUUCUGUUCCUGGCAUGUCAGUAUCUCCAGCUUUAGGAAACUUGGGUCAACGUAUUACAAGCUCCGCAGGAAACAUCGUGGGUGGAAGUAACAUCGGAAGAAAUAUAAGCUCUGGUGGAUUGUCGGUGCCGAGUAUCUCAUCGCGCGUCGAUUUUAGUAACAAUGCUGGAAGUGGAAGACUAAAUGUGCAAGGAUCCAACAGGAUGAUGAAUGACCUUAUUCCGCAAGGAUCAUCACAACUGAUCAAUAUGAUUGGAAGUUCAUACCCAACGUCUGGAGGUUCAAUAUCCCAGAACCAAAUGCAACCAGGAAACAAUUCUCUAGGUUCUAUGGGGAUGCUACAUGACGCCAGUGACAGCACUCCAUUCGACAUCAAUGAUUUUCCCCAAUUGACUGGUCGACCUAAUUCAGCUGGUGGUCCACAGGGACAAUAUGGGUCACUACGGAAGCAAGGAGUUAGUGUUAACUCCAUUGUUCAACAAAACCACGAGUUCAGUAUUCAGAACGAAGAUUUCCCGGCUUUGCCAGGAUUUAAAGGUAGCAGUUCAGAUUAUGGUAUGGAGUUACAUCACAAGGAACAACUUCACGAGAAUGUACCUGUAAUGCAAGCACAACAAUAUCCUAUGGCAAGGUCCGUUGGGUUUAAUUUAGGAAGUAGCUACCAACCAAAUCGUCAGCAACAUCAGCAGGGUGCUAAUUCAAUUCAGAGUGCCGGACCCCAAAAUAUUGGACUAAGACCACUAAACUCUCUGAGUCAAACUUCUAGUUUGGGAUCAUACGAGCAACUGCUCCAGCAAUACCAGCAGCCGCAGGCUCAGAGUCCUUUCGGGUUGCAGCAGAUGUCUUCAGCCACACAGUCAUAUGGGGAUCAUGGUCUAAAGCCCAUUCUGGGAGGCCGAAUACCACCUGAUCCAUACGGUUUGUUAGGAUUGCUGGGGGUUAUAAGGAUGAAUGAUCCUGAUUUGUCAUCUCUUGCUUUGGGAAUAGAUUUGACAACGUUGGGUUUGAAUUUGAACUCACCAGACAAUCUGUACAAGACAUUUGGCUCUCCAUUUUCAAAUGAGCCAGCAAAAGGAGAUCCUGAAUAUCCUACUCCAGCUUGUUAUGUGGCCGAGCAACCCCCAGCAUUACAGCCUAUGCAUUUUCAGAAAUUUCAGACACUCAUACUGUUUUACAUAUUCUACAGCAUGCCGAAGGAUGAAGCUCAAAUAUGUGCUGCCAAUGAACUGUAUAAUCGUGGAUGGUUUUACCAUAAAGAAGUGCGGCAAUGGCUCACAAGAAUUCCUAACAUGGAGCCUCUCAUCAAAACUCCUACAUAUGAACAGGGGUCUUAUGCCUUCUUUCAUCAACCCAAUUGGGAAACAGUGCGUAAGGAUAACUUUGUUCUCCAUUAUGAGCUAGUAGAGAAAAGGCCAAGUCUCCCUUCCACGUCCCAAAUUGGCUAUAUAGUGAAUCAGAGAGUACCAUGUCAUGUCGAUAUGCGUAGAGGAGGCGGCUGCUGA